AUGGCCCAGAGGCGGUUUCAGGGCCAGCAUCCUGCGGGAGAGGCAGACUUGGUGGCGUGGGAGGGUCUCGGAUACGAGCGUAAGCUUUCCAGGCUGAGGAUGAUCAAGGUACCUACACAAUAUAGCACUAUCUGUCUCUGCCAUCCUCCUCACGAGGAAAAGAAUCUCGUGCCUUCCUUCGCAUCCCUGCCGGCACCCAAUCCAAUGCCCCUCCCAUCUUUUCGAGGCGGCCGGCACUGCCUGCCUUACCGCCCCUCCAUCUCCCCCAGCGUCCAGCUCCCCCCUAGCUGGCCGUUGCCAUGCGUGUCAGGCAAUCCCCCCGUCGCCCGCGUCCACACAGUAUCAGCCACUAGCCGCGAUACACGGUACCGGGGACUAGUGGACAGUGCCACUGUGAAAGCGCCUGAAUCUGCAGUGCUAUUACCUGUGUUUGCGCUUGUCGACAUCGUCGCCGCUGAGAACACAACUGCCGAGAUUUUCAUCCCUCCUUCUUAUUUCCUUCUUGACCGACAAAUCCUUCCUCCCAACCGACCGCGCCUGAGAGGACUAGCGAAAGGUCUCCUCCUUCGCUUUUCUCCCACCCUUCCCUAUUCUUCACUUUCUUUCUUCCCCGGUUUGGACGCGGCGAUGUUAUGGACCCUGUUCAUGAAAUUCCUCCUCGUAAGCUCCCUCAUCGCCUGGUGGCUCAAGCGACCGAAUAGCCGCUUCCAGAAGUUCGUCUUGGCUGCCGCCAGCCUUGCAACCUUCUGGGUGAUCGCUCCCAUUUACGCACAACUUUGUCUCGCCUGGUCUGUACAUUACACUCGUGAGGGUAUUCGUCAUUGGAGUCUGGAUGAGUUGCUUGUGCAGCAUGCCAGUAUGCUGGUGACUCUUGCCGCAGUCAUUUGGCUGCUCCAUCGCGCCUGGCAGACUCUUUGGAAACCGACGACCGACCUCAUUAGCAUUCUUGGAGUGGACGUUCCCGAGGCCCCCGAUGUAUCCUUGGCCGGAAUUCGACCCGACGCGGCGACUCUCAACUGGACGCGACCAACACACAACCGACCCGUGCAGAAAUUCCUGAUCCAGGUCAAUGGCGUAAACGUUGGCGAAUCAAGGCAGGAAGAGACAGCCAUUACCGUCACGGGUCUGAGACCUAAUCAUUGUUAUAAUAUUCGUGUGAUUGCUGUUGGACCAAACAACUUCCAAGCCGGUAGCCAAGUCAUACGAUUGCGAACCUAUCGAUCCGACGGACGGCCAGAACUGGGCAAUUCGAGGCUUCCCGACAGUUUCCAAGAUCAAGAUCCGCGGCCAGGACAAACCCCGUGUACUGAGGACAAUGGCAGUCGUAGCCAGGUGCCCACCAUCGAAGCCGCGCCGUCUCUUGAGGGCGGAUCUGCCGCUGCGCGAGACGGUCCUUCUGGCCAAAGACGCAACACUGUCAACCGCAGGCACUCUCCGUCUAUAGCCAGUCAGGAGCAGCCGUCGAUCAAGGAUUUUUCGAGCGAUCACCCUGAGGCCUCGCUUAAGGAACUGGCCGACACCUUGGAAAGGUCAAGGAAGGAGUUUGUCGAGACAGCAUCCUUACAUGCAUCCGAGGAGAGCGAGUUCAGGCAGCUUGAAGAGCGCCUGAAAAAGGAAAAAGAGGAGAAAAAGAAGAUUCAGAAAGAGAAGGAUGACAACACGGCGCAGUUGAGGCAAAAAGUCAAGUCCACCGGCGAGCAGAUGAGGCAAGCCACCAAGGACAAGGCACGGAAGGAGAACCUAUUGAAGGAGAAACAGGACAAGCGCAAAAAGGUGGCCGAUAACAUCGAAAAAUGUGUCACCGAAACCAAGACUAUGCGCAAAACUCGCGAGGGGUUUGCAUCUGAAAAAGAAAUUCUCGCGCAGAGUCGUGAUCUCAAGAUCAAGCACCUGGACGAGGAGAACUUUGCCUUGCAAGAUGAGUAUUCCCAACUCGAGACCGAAUACAAGGAAAAGAAGGAACAACUCAAAGAGCUUGAGGAUGCACGCAGGAAGCUGCCCGGUGGCGAGGAAGACGACAUGUGGCGAGAGGAUGACCGGAAAAUCAAAAGGGACUUCGAGAUGAAGCGCCGAGAACUGCAGAGUCAACUCAUCAUGGAGAAUAGGAAGGCUCAGCAGCUCGAAGGCCAUAUCCACGUUCUUCACGCCCAAGUCUAUGCCCAGAAUCAACAGAGCAUCCAGUUCUAUAAUCAGGCAAAUUCCUCCGGCGUCGAGUUCGACCAGAACGCCUCGGCACAAAUUAAGCGUCGAAGCCGCACCAGCAAUGCUCUUCCCAACAACGUCGCAUCGCCCACGGGUCCUUUCCCGGCCACGGAUUCUCCCUUCGAACCACCGAUCGGAUUCUCCAAUCGAGUGCCAUUCUCACACUUCCUGGAUAUGUCUGGAGGUGACGCCUUUGGAAGCGACCAAUACUCCGAUGCAGAAAUCAGGGCUCUCACGGGGAAUGCCCCGCUCAGUCCUACGGCAGCUGCCUUACUGCCUUCAGGCAUCUUGGGUGAUGACGAACCUACCAGCCCUGAUUCAUUCUCUCGCAGAAGCCCAUUCGUUGUGGAAUAUGAGGACGAUGCUCAGUCGCCAGGAUCAUCUAGACGUUCCAAUAGUGUUCCUUCUAGCCCACCGGGAUCCUCUCACGUCACCGCUUUCCCACUUUUGGCCCCGGACAACGGCGACCCUGCAUCCCUCAGAGACAUUACAUCCUCUCCCGGAAGACAGCCAUCACCAGCUGCUGGUACACACCGUUUUACGGAUAUGAUCACCAAUUGGAACAGAAGUAAAGGCGCUAAAGCUGUCGAUGAUGGUGGCCCUAUGUUAGGCAGUCUAAAGCACGGCCAGAGUCAGUCCUUUCCUCGGCAGACCGACGACCUAGAUGGAACAAAUCGACGCCGAACCAGCUUCUCAUCCUACACCCAAAACCGGAACUCGGCUGGGCCUGACACGCUUGAGGCGGCUAGUGGGUCGAAUCUGGGACGCAGCAUGUUUUCGUCGGCUCGUAGGUUGAUACCAUGGAAUUCAUACGCGGACAGAGAUCCAAGCAGUCCAAGACCUGCUUCCAUGGCCUCGGCGGACUUACCCCGACCGUCCACCGACAGCGGGUCCAUAUGGAAUCAUCCAGCUGACCGAGGAGGCCGGUUUUGGUCACCUGAUGGGCGUUGGACAUCGCGAACUCCAUCUAGGCGACCGUCUCUCCAUGGCUCACCUGCGGCUCUCAAGACAACACUAGCGUCGGCCGAGGACGAAAUUCUGGACCACGAAGCCUUGAAUGAUCCCCAAGUCUCGCCGAGCCAGGUUGGCGUCAUUGGCAGCAGACCACCAGCCAGCAAGCAGAACUCCGAUAACAGGUCCUUAUUGGGCAAGAGCCUGAACCCAGCAGCGCCGACAUUCUCGAUCGGGGGACUAUUCCGCAGUAAGGAUAAGGAAAGUGACUCGGGCAAAGAAAAGGACAAGUCUAAGUCUAAAGAGAAAUCCAAGGACAAGGCCAAAGACAAGGACGCGAAAGAAAAGGGCAAGAUCAAGGACAUUUUCACACCUAAUCUUGACCUGCCGCAAGGCUAUGACACGUCUCCAACAGAAUCGAGGAAGUCCCGCGAUGCGUUUUCUGUCCAUACACAGACGUCGGUCACUGAGUCUCGAGAGUCUUUGACGCUCGAUCGGGCAGUAUCCAACACACUUUCUGACUCCAACACCAAGGAUCCGGAGAACGCCUAUAGGAAGCUCUUCAGAAAAGGAAGUUCCAGCAAGUUCAGUCUUUCGUCUCGUUUAAGCAAGGACUCGGGUCUCUUUAAGAAAGGGCCUGGGAGCACCACAAACUCGGAUAAGAACCUCUCUGCAGAUCGAUCCAGUUUUGGUGACAUCGACGACUUUGGCGAGGAGGGCUUCCUUGGUCGAAGCUAUGAAAGCGUUACCAGCAGCCCGUCAGGCCCGGCUAAAUCCAGAGACGCUAAGGAAAGCAGAAUUUCUGGCUGGAGCAGCAAAUUUUCGAUGAAGAAGAAAGGCAAGGAUAACCGAGAAAGCCUUGAGUUCCACCAGGCUGCUCCUGAGGGCGAGGUUGAGGUAGAAGACAAGAAAGACGAGUAA